AUGACGAUGCUUGCGAUGGCGCGAGGCGAUGAUAGAAGGGAAGAGGAAGCGGAAACGGAGGUGGAGACGGAAGGGAAUGGAGAAUUAGAUGUAGUGGGAGUAGAAGAAGCGGCGCCAGUAGAUUUAACUAGAAGAUUAGGUCUGACGCGGCCGCCGGAGAGGCCGGCCAUAGCCUUCUCAGUAGAAAAUAUUCUAGACCCAACAAAGUUUACGGGAAAGUCCGAAGUACCUUUGAGAUACGAUGAGCAGUACUGGAGACCCCAUUACGACAGGGAUGACAGCGAUUCCGUCAAAGACCACCUUCAACACUCGGACCUGGAGGCUGAUGACGUGGAGACAGACGACCAGACCUCCAACAUGGAUGACGACAUCCUCACGCAGUCAGACCUGGACGAGAAUGGAGAACCGAAGAGUCCCACCAGCUCCAGUUCCAAAAAGGGGAAGAGCAGUUCUUCAAGGGAUUCAAAAGGAGGAACGAAGCCCAGGAGAGCGCGGACGGCGUUCACGUACGAACAGCUGGUGUCCCUGGAGAACAAGUUCAAGACGACGAGGUACCUGUCUGUUUGCGAGCGACUUAAUUUGGCUCUCAGCUUGAGCCUUACGGAGACACAGGUCAAAAUAUGGUUCCAAAACAGGCGUACAAAAUGGAAAAAGCAGAACCCUGGCAUGGACGUCAACAGUCCAACCGUGCCUCCCCCUCCAGCCGGGGGGUUCCCAUCUGGGGCCUACCCUGGGGGUCUGCUCUACUCCCACGGGGUCCCGUACCCUUUCACGGGUCCUGGCCCCUACGCCCCCUACUUCCACCAUCUAGCAGCGAAUCACCACCACUCUCAUAAUAGUUUAGGGCAUUCACACACGUGA